AGUGCGUCUCCUAGGAGCCUUGGAACACCAGGAUGUUAGAAAUGUUCUAGUCCAGGGGCACAUUUUUCUCAAUACUUCCCUCACUGAGGCCUUUUGUAUGGCAAUUGUGGAAGCAGCAAGCUGUGGUUUACAGGUGGUGAGUACAAGAGUUGGUGGGAUUCCAGAGGUGCUUCCAGAAGAUCUCAUUAUUUUAUGCGAACCCUCUGUGAAAUCUCUGUGUGAUGGAUUAGAAAAAGCUAUUGCCCAGCUCAGAUCAGGAACACUACCAUCUCCAGAAUCGGUGCAUAAUAAAGUAAAGACAUUUUAUACAUGGAGGAAUGUAGCAGAGAGAACAGAGAAAGUAUGUGUGUACGACAGGGUUGCAGCUGAAAUGGUGUUACCAAUGGACAAGCGACUUAACAGGCUCAUGUCUCACUGUGGCCCAGUGACAGGGUGUAUUUUUGCUCUUCUUGCUGUCCUGAACUUCCUUUUCUUGGCGUUCCUGAAGUGGAUGACUCCAGAUUCCGUUAUCGAUGUUGCAAUAGAUGCCACAGGACCUAAAGGUGCAUGGACUGAACAGUAUUUUUUGGGGGGAGAAAAGGAAGAGCUAAAGAAGAACUUCCAAGCUCCUAAAAUGCUCAAAUGGAAAGAGCACAUCAGUCACUAA